AUGGAGAAGAGCAAUGGGACCACAGUACAGGAGUUCAUUCUGCUGGGCUUCAGAGUCGGACAACAGGGACGCCUGCUCCUUCUCAUCUUCUUCACAGUUGUCUACACCCUCACUUUGGCUGAGAACUUCAUUAUCAUCAUGUUAGUAGUUCAAGACUCUCGCCUAGCUCGCCUUCCCAUGUACAUCCUGCUGAGUAAUUUCUCCUGGUUGGAGAUGUGUUAUGUUACAGCCACCGUGCCAAGGAUGCUCUUUGACCUGUCCUUCGCCCACGGGGUCAUCUCCUUCCAGGCCUGCUUCUUCCAAUUUUAUAACUUUUUCUCCCUUGGCAAUACGGAAUGCUUCUUCCUCUCAGCCAUGGCCUUGGAUCGCUAUUUAGCUAUCUGUCACCCACUGCUGUAUCCCAAAAUUAUGUCCCAAGAGGCCUGCUACAAACUGGUGGCUUCUUGCUGGAUCCUUGGCUUCCUGUGGUAUGCUGCACCAGUGUUUUUGAUCUCCAGGUUAUCCUUCUGUGGCCCCAACACCAUUGACCACUUUGUGUGUGAUCCUGGCCCUAUCUUUGCGUUGGCUUGUCCCCCACUGGGGUAUGUACCCCUGCUCUUCAACAUCUUUGUCUCUUCUGUGGUUCUGGCCACCUUUCUCUUCAUUGUAGUGUCAUACGCAUUUGUAAGUAUCACUCUGGUAAAAACAUCUAGCCAAAGGAGUUGUAUGAAGGGCUUCUCCACUGUCUCUUCCCACCUAGCUGUGGUGACGCUUUUCUAUGGCUCUGUGGUAGCCAUGUAUGUGGGACCAAAUGGUAAAGAUCAUGCCGAGACAACUAAGGUUGUGACUCUCUUCUACUCUGCUGUCACCCCUCUGCUUAAUCCCCUGAUCUACUGCCUUAGGAAUGACCAGGUGAAGGAAGCAAUGGCUAGACUCUUAAGAAGAAAGAGGAUGAAGUAG